AAUCAACUAUUCUUUAAAUUAUUAUCUAUAAGAUUUCCUAAAAAUGAAGAAUAAUCUUAGAUUAUUCUUGGUUCAGGCUUUCUUAGUUUAUGGUAUUCAAUGUAUUGGAUGGGAUGAAAAAAAUGCUUUGGAUGAAUAUGUUUGGAAAGAUGACGGCUAUUAUAAAUAUGAAAUUUUAGACUCAUUCAGAUCUGUAACUAAUGAAUCUACUAUUUAUGUUUUAAAUAUGACUUCUCAAAAAUGGCUUGACGAUAGUGUUAGUGAUAGCUCAGUUUGGUGGCAUUAUAUGGGAAUAGCUAUUCCUGAUGUUGUAGAUCUUACAGACGCUGCUCUCGUGUACAAUGAUGCUGGAAGAAACGAUCCCAAUUCUAGCCCACCGGAUAGAGAUGAUCUCGUUAACUUGGCUAUAUCUGUUAUUGCAGAAGAAAUUGGAAUUGUUGUUUCCUACGUCAAACAAAUUCCAAAUCAACCAAUAGUGUUUAAAAGUGAUCCAGAACAAAAGAGAAAAACUGAAGAUAGACUUAUUGGCUAUACUUGGAGAAUGUUUAUCGACAAUCCAGAAUCACCAGGUCCAGAGGUUUUGGCUAGAUUCCCAAUGACUAAGGCGGUUAUCAAGGCUUUUGAAACAACUAGGACUGUUGCUGCUGAAAUGAGACCAGAGUUAAAUAUUCAAAGAUACGCUAUUACUGGAGCAUCUAAGAGAGGAUGGACUGCAUGGAUGGUUGCAUGCGUUGAUAAGAGAGCUAUUUUUACUAUUCCUAUGGUUAUGGAUCUACUCAACUUGUUACCCAAUAUGAAGCAUCAUUAUAGAGCGCUCGGUGGAUGGACGUUUGCUUUUAAACCAUAUUAUGAACACAAUUUAACAGUUGAAUUAGACAAUCCAAAUACAAAGAAGCUAGCUAGUUUUGUCGAUCCAUACGAAUAUAAAGAGCGCUUGAACGAAACUGUAAAAUUUAUUAUCUCUGGAGCCAGUGAUGAAUUCUUUUUGACUGAUGACUCUCAUUAUUUCUUCCACGAUCUACCUGGUCCAAAAUAUAUGAUGCUUUUAGAGAAUGCUGGACACGCAAUGUUCCCUCAUUAUCUCGAUAUUUUAGAAGCGGUCGGAGCUAUUAUCAAACCCGUUUUCACGGGUCAAAAGUUGCCUCAACUAGACUUUGAAUAUAAAGAAACUGAAAUGAAUGGUACAAUCAUCAUGAGGAGCGAUACUCCAUUGGAUGCUGCCUAUGUUUUGAUCUCAAAAACUGUUGACAACGUUCGUCGUGAUUGGCGUCUUCACAAAGGAGAACCACCAAGUGCAAGUGACAUUGAGUGGGAUGAUUACGAGAUUCAAGCAAACCCUGAUGGAAGUUAUUCGUAUACCGUUGAAAAAGACCCAGAAGGAAAAUGGACAGCCUUUUUCCUAAGAGCUGAAUUUACCGGAGAAAACGAUUGGGAUUAUAUAAUUACAUCCGAAGCUCAUAUUGUUCCCGACGUUUUUCCAUUUCCAGAAUGUUUCGGUCAAGGUUGUCGGGGUGAAUUGCUAUAAAUAAUUGAAAAACAUUGAAUAUUUUUAUAUUUUAAUAAAUGAAUAAAUGAAUAAAUAGAUAAAAUAGUCAAUGAAAAGAAUAGGUAUGAAAUAAAAGUAGAGGAAGAAAUAAACGUUAUCAAUGUUUUCACUAAAUUAUAAAUAAGUAUACAAGUAAAAGCAUAAAGCCA